AUGAAUCAUUUAAUAGGUUUAUCUAAACGAAAUAUUCUAUUAAUAAAUCGUUUACCAAUACAAACAACAAUUCGUACUGUACUUAAUAAUCGUGAAUGGCGACCAAAAGAAGAUGUUCCUGUAACAGCUGAAGAUCGUGCAGCAACAGCAAAAAAAUAUAAUAUGUUACCAGAAGAUUAUAAACCAUUACCACCUGAACGUAAUGCUGGUGAUAUGCCAAGUGUUGAACCAGCUGGAAAAUUUUUUGAUCGUAGCCCAUGGGAAGAUUAUGAUUAUCCAAUGGAUAGACAAAAUUGGAAUGAACCACGUCAUCCAUCUGAUCAUGUUAAAUAUGAUAAAACACGUGUUGGAUAUUCACCACAAAAACGACCAGUUACAUUAAAAAUAUUAUUGAGAUUAUUACUUUUACCAGCUACAUUUAUAUUAGGUGUUUAUGGUUUACGUACAUUUGAAUUUAUGACUCCAUCAUUUCCUUCACGAAAACCUGAACCUGGUGCUGUGCAUUAUUCAUUCGAAAAAGAUGAUGGUUCUGGACAAGGUGUUCGUUAUUAG